CUUCAACCAAACAAACCACAGCGCUUCCUCGCUCUCUUCCUCUUCCGCUAUUUUAAUAUCUUUAUUUCAUCUCUUGCUUAUCAGUGUGUUGAUUGAUUGUGGUUUCCAACUGAAAAAUAAGUUGACAGAUUCACGGAGAGUGGAAAGUCCGCGCAUCGGAGUGAGAGAAUUACCAUCACGCGAAAGCCGAAUUAUGUGGAGCGUAAGAAUUGUUUGCAUAUACAAUGAGAUGUGACUUGAUCAUGAACAGUGGCGUAAGAUAAAAUAGUGCAAAGAAAAUAAAAGAAAAGCAAAAAUAAAAGUAAUAAUGGAGAUGAAGGUGAUACAAUUCACGCCCUUUGAAAUGCCCUUAAAUCUCCUGCCGUUACGGUCUCGCCUGUAGGAGGGAGGUAGGGGUGUAGGGCCCGCGCCCUCGCACCGAGCCGACCAAACUCCGUCAUGGAAGCGCCAGGUAUGGAGGGCAUCAUGUCUCCCCCACCGGCGCCCUUCGACGUGCCUUUGUGCAGUCCCCCUCCUCCUCCUCUUCCUACUUCUGCGCCUCUUUCAGAUGGUUCCUUAACUGUGCCUUUUGUCCCUGGAGGCGGCAAAGGGCCUCUGGAUCCUCCAGAGGGCCCCGCCCCUCCCCCACCGGUGAACCAUACCGACGCCGAAGGGUCGGUGGCCGAUUCCCUCCCUGGGCCCCUGUCUGAUUGCGACAGCGACGUGGAUCUCAUGAAGGUAAUGAAGAAGAAAGACGGACCGCCGCCUCCUCCCGUAGGCGGGUCUGACGAGGACGAUUUCGAGGGGAGCGAGGACGAGGACGACGACGACGAUGACUUCAUGGUCCACUUCGCGCACACCGGAAGGAAGACGUCAACUGAGAUGACAUCCCAGCCAGAGUUCUUAGCUCAGAUAACGGAGCUUCAAGAGGCUGUGGUGGCCAUGAAAGGGACCCUGACGGAGGCGGUGACGCGACUGAGUUCGGUCGUGGAGGACCCAUCCCUGACUAAGGAAAUUCAGGAGUCCCGCCAGAGAUGCCAGGACAACACAGCGGAAGUCCUGAAGCUGGUUCUCUCUCUGAAGACUGACAUUACGUCUUUGCAGAAAGAGAUGAUUUCCGUAAGUGAGAGACAAGAGUCCCUACAGAGUUCUGUUUCACAGCUUCUCGAUGAGAGAAAACUCUUGAUCUCUGACUUGUCACAAGCUGGGGUUAUCUCUCUGCAUACUAGAUCUAGAUUGGAUGGGCGUGCAGGUGGGCCCGUGGAGGUCGCAGUGCCAGAUCCUCCAGGGAGGUCAGGCUCCGGCACCCACAGCAAUGACUCGGGCGUGGCACUUUUAUUAGAGCGCGCCCACCAGGCAUUUGCGACAGACCAUACCCCCUCUCCCACACCUACUAACCAGAGAGCCUCUGAUCAGGAUUCCUUGCCAGAGCAGCCUUCCCUCCUCGUUCCUCCAUCUGUCUAUGACUAUGUAGCUGGUCUCAGAUCACAUGUUCAUCCCUCAUCAUCUUCAGCUCUCUCGGCGCAGCACCAUUCAGAUUCUACACAUAACAGACAAAGUGUGAGUGCCACUGUUGGAGGUGACAGUGAAGACUUAGGCUUGGUGUAUGAUUCAGAUUCGUCUCUUACGAUUGCUGCCAACAAGACUAUCAGCCUUAGUGCUUCCUUAAGUCAACAGUGUGGUAUCGAGCUCCACUCAGCCCACACUCAGCCGCCUUCUCACAGUCACCACCACAGCCACUCCCACCAUCACAGUCACUCUGGGCACAAUCGCAGUCAUGCUCGGUCAGAUUCAGAUGGGUCCGAUCAGUCAAGAGAUGCAAAGCAUCGGUCACAUCACUACUCUCUCGAACAUGGUCAUGAGAACAGUGAUCCGUAUGCAGUUAUUGUAACUCGAAGUAGGAAUUCCUUGAAUGACCCACGUGACCCCAGGGAGACCCAGAGAUACAGAAUUGCUCGAGAACUCCUCGACACAGAGAAAAAAUAUUGCAAGACUUUGUGGACUAUUCAGGAUACAUUUGCUGAACCCCUGAAAAAAGCUGGGAUUCUCACACACAAAGAUAUAACAACUUUAUUCCCUGAGGAAGUUUAUCAGCUGUAUGACAAACACUGCUUAUUACAACACCAGUUGAGGGAAAGACUAGCUUCAUGGAAAUGGCAACCUUUAGUAGGAGAUGUUGUAUCUCGGUUCACAGAUCCUCGUCACACAGAUGUAUUGCGGCUGUAUACUGCAUAUGUCAAUGACUUCCCUGAAGUUCUCAAGACAUUUCACAAACUCUGUCGAACUUCUCAACCCUUCACCAAGUUCAUUAAGGUAUGUCUAGAGCAGCCAGCAUGUGGUGGACUUGAUUUAGGUGCAUUCCUUCUGACACCUGUUCAGAGAGUACCAAGAUACAUCCUUCUUCUAAAGCAACUCCUGAAAUACACAGAACCUCAGCAUCCAGAUUAUCAACACAUUCAUGCCUGCUUGGAACGUCUCCGUGAUUUUCUGGCACGCCUUAAUGAUUCCAUGGAACAUUCUUUCCAGCUGGUUCAUGCCCAGCUCUCUCCUCAUGUCCCAUUGCCUGGUUCUGCUCAUCAUCAUCCACCACCCCCUCCACCCCCAUCAUCAAGGCAUAGAACCAGCCGAUCUCCAAGAAGAUCAAGUUCAUCAAUAGGAAGUCCACCUUUUAGUCCCAGUAGCCCUACUUACAGCCCUGAUCGGACUAGCAUUAGCUGCAGUCCCAACCAAUCUCCAGAUGGUAGACAUCGUACUCAGUCAGUGACAAGUCCACAAAGAUCCCACAGUAGUGCUACUCAACCAUCUUGCCGACCACGGUCUGUAUUCCUAGAUACUCGAUCAUCCUCUUUGCCCAGAGGCUCAGGUAGUUCAAGCAGUGGGUCACGAGGCAGUGCCAAUUCGCCCAAUUCUGAUGUACCACGCAUCAGAUCGCGGAGUGAGAGUGUGGCUUCUCGCCGCCCUUUACCACCCCAUAGUCAUCAUCCAGCACAAUCACUAGUCGUUCAAGAUGCACCUCGUGGCCUUGCCCCUUCACAGUCAGUGGUGGAUAUGACAGCCCAUAGCAGUCCUUCACACGAUUCUGGACGUUGGGAGGACAUGGCUGCUAGUGAGCCCUCUUUAAGUGAUCCUCGUCCUGUACACAAAAGUUCAGAUGAUACCGCAACAUCACUUAACCCCCACACACUCACUUCAGCUCAUAGCAUCCACAAUGUUGAUGGACAACAAAAAAUCUCCUCUCCUGCUUGGACCGAGUCUUCACACUCCGAUGAUCCCCGGGGAAAGAAAAAGUCUUCUCUCCGCAAUUCUCUCAAGAAUAUGUUUACCUUCAAGAAGAGCAGACUGCCUCGCGCCCAUCACCACCACCACUACUAUCACCACAGCCAUCAUCACCACCACCCACAGCAAGUGCAAAGAGUGGCCUCCCGUGGGCGUGAUGAGGGAGACUACUGGGAAGCCCCUCCAACAGCACCUGAAUCUGUGACCAGUGCCCAACCAACAGCUACAGCUUCAACAACCCUCUCACUGGUUGGUGACUUUGUAGAUGAAGAAGGAAACCCUUGCUCGAAUGUCUGAUCAGGCCUCUACUUUUACUGAAAGUCUUAUUCUUGAAAAACUUACUUUUAUACAGCUGGCGACAUUAAAAGCAGUUGAAGCUGGGUAAUAGAAGACCAAUUAUUUUUUAUUGUCAUGUUCAUCCUGAUUCAGAAAUGAAAUAUUGUCAAGUUAAUUUUGUGAUUUAAAAAAAUUGUUUUGAUGCACUGUAGUGACAAAAAGACACGAUGAAAUGCCAUGAGCAUUUUUUUAUAUUACGUGCAGAUUUGAAAUGAACGUUCUUCAGUUCAUGGUAUACAUAGCUAUCGUUAGUUUACUGUAAAUGCUUGGUAUAAAUAUAAUGGUGCCUGAGAUGAAUUGUCUGAUGACUAUGAGGUACUAUAGUGUAUUAUACAUCAGCAUGUUUCUAAAUCUAAAUAUGCAAAUUGCAUAAGAUUUUACAUUGAGAAUGUGCCUGCAAGCUUGCUUUAUUCUAUAAAAGGCAGCAUGUUUACCUUAUUCCGUCCUCUGACUGUGAAAAAUAAUUAUACAAUAGCGGAAAAUUACAUAAUCUAACAGUUUUCAAGUGUGAGUUUCACAGCGUUUGUUUAACAGAAGUAGUUAACAUCCUUCUCAUGUAUUUUGAAAAGUUCUGGAUCAUAGACUGGUGUAUUUUAGUGGCAACAAAGAUGUUUAGUGUGACUGAGAAAUGUUUAGUUUUCUAUGAGUGCAUCUGUUGCAUACAUUUGAGAAAACUGUAUUGUAUUAAGUUGAUUAUAAUGCACUAAGUGAUGGAAUAUUUAAGGAGAAAAAACUAAGUUUUUCAUUUUUUGCUAGGAACAUCAGUUUAGUGGAUGUCAUAGUGCAAAAAUGGAGUACCUGAGUGCCUGAAGAUUUAUUGUGUGAAUCUGUUUAAGUAACUGAAUUUGAAUGUAUUUAUUUGUUUUAGAACAUGUAUAUACAAGAUUUAGUAGAUAAUAUAUAUAUAUAUAUAUAUAGUACUUAGUACCUACAUACCAUUACAGUACAUUUAGGGGACAGUGAUACCAUAGCCUAGAUGGAUUUAAUUGGCAACAUUUUGUAUAGAACUGUAUAAACUAUGAGACCAAAAUCUAAUUCCUGUACUGCAUCUGUAAAUAAUAUUCCUGAUCAUCAUUUUUUGUUUGUUUUUUGUUGAGGGUAACUAUUGUACUUCAGAUAUAAGUAUUUGUGGUAUCACAUCAUUGUAAAUUAUCAAAUAUCAUCAACUUCAUGUUGGCUAAGAGGGCAGGGCCUUUCCAUUGCUAGGUAAUAUAGAUAAUUAUACUGUGCUUCAUAACAGAUUGAUAUGUAAAUACAUACAUAGAUAUAUUAUGUGCUAUACUGCAGCAUUUCGUUCAAGGUGAUGAAUUUUACUCACUCCACUGAGGAAAGUUUAUCGCUGUUACCUAUGGUAGAGUGACUUCCAGUACUUAGGUGGGAGUGUUCAAGUGUAGGGAACAGGUUUUGAAGUUUAGCCUAUGUAUUCAAUAUACCAAUUAAUAAGAUUUUCGAUGGUUAAAACUAAUGAAUAACUGAUCUAUGAUUCAUGAUAAAUAGUAGCUUCCUCAUAAGAAGUAUAAUAUAUGAGAUGAAUGCACAAAGAAUGAUGGGUUUCAUUGCUGUGCAUCUGCAGUGGUUAUGUAGCAUUUUGAAUGGCGUAGGGUUUUGGAGUGUCUUCCUUUGUUCACUCUUGUCUCAAAGUGUUAGAUUAUUGCAGCAGAGCAGGAGAGAAUAGACUGAAUUAGUUUUUUCUCUUUCCGAGUUUCAUUCAUCUUUAACAUUUGUUCUUGUGAAUUAAGACUGAAAUUUCAUCUUUGAUAUACAAUACUUUUGCUUCACUCUCUAGGGUGUUAUCUGUAACACUAAAACUGGUUUUCUCCUGCUAAGUAACUUUCCUUUAGUUUCACACUUGUUAGUGGAGUAUAUCCAGUUAUGAAAAUUAGUUGACAUAUUGGAGUUAAUACUUUUAUGAGUUUUUGAAGUUUGCUUGGAUAAAGUUCUACAUAUAACAGUGUAACUACAGUUUUCACAUGUCGACAAUCAAAGUGCAUAUUUUUUGCUUAUGAAAAUAACUGAGUCAUGAGUUAAUUUUUUUGUGGAAAUUUGCUUCACAACAUAACAGAGGCUUAUUAGUUGGGAUCUGUAUUAGCUAUUUGAUUUCAUUGUAAGAAACUGAAUAUAUAAGGAUAACUUUGAAGAGUGAGGUUAGAGAACAUCAUUAUGCCCUGCACAAGUGGUACUUAAGUUUCUGUUGCAAGUCCUCUUUAUUUUUUAAAGGUUCCAACCUUUAGCCAUUGGCUUUUGGCUGUCUGAAUGUUUAUAAUUUGAAAAAUUAAAGGAUGUUUUGGCUAUUUUAUUGGAAGACUUCGUUUUAAAAAUGUUUGUAACGUGUAUUCUAGGAGCCAUGCUUUUAGCUAGCUUUGUAGUUUGUAUGAGCCAUUUUAUUUUACAACUUGAAGAAUAUCCAUCAGACUGCAGAUUAUUUUGUAGUGUAACAGAGGGUACUCUGAUUACAUUGCAACUAACUGGCAGUAGACAAUAUAAUAUCAAAAUAUCUAUAUGAUCUACAGUUUAAUUUUGAUAAUAUAACUGGUUCCAAAUGCCAUUUCCUCUUAGUAUGUUGGCAUAAAACUAAGGAAAUACAGUAUUGAAUUAGAAAAACAUGUACUACUGUACUAUUGUGGUUUUGAUGCUUAAUGUAGAUACAAUAAAGAAAGAUUUUUUUUUCAAGUAAAGGGGCAACACAUGAUAAAGGUUGGCCUCCUUGAAAGUUGCACCAAGUAUUAAAUGAAUGUGCCACACUUAUCUAUAAUCUUAAAUUUUCAAGAUGCAGUAAUCUACAUCCUUUUUCUCUUGAAAACCUUGAUAUGAUUCAGUAUCAUCAUCCAAGAAUGUUGAGCAUUUUUCACUUAAGGCCCCUAACUAUUCAUUUAUACACAUUUCACUUUCUGUGAUACUCCUGCUGAAUAUGGUCUUAAACCGAUGUCAUCUCUUUUGAUUGACUUGAUUCAGGUGCCAAAAUGAUUGCUACCUUGUAUGUAUGCAUUUUAUUCUUUAUUGACAAAAAUAAGAUGGAUACUUCAUCCUCAAUUAUUUCCUCUUAUUUGUUUACUCUUAUUUUUUGUAAAAUAGAUAAAAUGAUUUUAUCAUCUUAUUUGUUUAAUAACUUCUUAUUAUAGGUCUUUUUCUAAUUUUCUUUCACAGUAAAUCAAAACCUUUAAAUUUGUCUUUCAAUAAGAUUCCAUUUCUUUCAUUCCAAUGUUUUUCUCCUAUUGGUAUAUCUUCAGCAAGUAGUUUACUGGAUUUCCCCACCUGAAAGUAAAAUAUGACUGUACAGUAUUUACAAACAAUCCAUCCAUCUAUUAAGGGAAAUAAGUACAGCAUCAGCAGCAACUGCAUUACAAGCUUAUAAGUGAUGUGGAAUCAUUUGCAUUACUUUAAAUCAUGUUAGGUGUACAAAAUAUUAUAUGUACCUACAUAUGGAUUCCUAUAGCACUGUGCCAUAUGCAAAAUAUUUGGGCAUACUUGCGCUUCCUCCAUGUAAUGCCUUUGCAGGUCUGUUGUGCCAGUACCUUAUUUACGGACAAACAAAUUUUCAGCUUUAAGAGCAUCAAGAGUAUUGAAUUACCACUAAAAGUAAUAUUGUCUUAAUUUCUAUAUUUGAUAUCAUUCCAAAAAAUUUAUCUAAAUGUUACAUGCAUCUACUACACUGCCAACUGUUUUCUGAUGCAGUUAUCUGGUAUACAGUAACAUAAAUGGGAGCUUGAAAACACGUGAUUUAUUUUUGAGGUGUUUGUACUGAUGAUCCUUGCUUUGGGAAUGUAAAUACGUAAUAUCCAAUCCAAGUUCUUUACUGGAAUGUGUCAUGUAAAACUGCUGUCUACAAAUUUAUGUUAGAUACCUAACUAACAAAAUUUAUGACUGAGUCAUUGACAAUGUAGCAUUCCAAUAUCAUCAUUUUUCAACCAAACUUACAGUAUUUCCUUGACUUUCUCUUAAGUAGUACAGUAGUUAUGAUAUUUUCUCUACAGUGAUCAUUAUUUUAGUCGAUCUUGGUGAACAACUCUGUGACAUUGGAAAUUCUUUGCAGUCUGAGUUCUGCAGAAAUUUUUGUAUGUUUAGAGAGUAAAUCUGAAAUAUGAGAUUUUUUAGAGAAAUAAUGUUGCAAGAUACUGUAGUAUGGUGUGGAUUUAAAAAUAUAAAUUACGUUAUGAAAUCUAUGCUUUGUACGUACUGUUGUAAAAAAGGAUGCAAAUACAAGAAGAAUUGUUUGUUUCGUCAAUACUCAUUAUGAAUUUCUCUGUUUCCAGUUAGAUUUUACUACACCAUUUUCCUCAUAUUUCAUGAACCGUCCUCUUUAAAAUAUUCUGAAGGCUGUACUGUGUUGCUAGAAAUAAAUAAAAAAAAAUACUUGCUAAAUGAAA